AUGAGAUCUUUUCAUAUAUUAGCUGUAGCUAGGAAAAAUGGCCAGGGUAAUAGUCUCAUUGAAUUAGCCAAAAAGUGUGUUGCCCGUGACAUCAAUUCAAGACCAAACAUCUCUGAGGUUUUCAUGACUUUGUCUAAGAUUCAAUCAUCUACAUUGAAUUGGGAUCCCUCUGAUGAGCUUGAACGGAUAAAGCUUUGGAACGAGUUUUAUGAUCCGAGGUUGAGUAAAACCGAGAUCAUAAAUAAUACACCAGAAGAUAUUGCUCUUGAUCAGUGGACUUUAUUCGUAGAAUAUCGUUUGAAGCCUGAAACUCAGAAUCUUUGUAAGAGGAAUCAAGAAAUUCGGCAAAAACAAACAAUUCCUCAUACUUCAGGUGCUAAAUCAAUUGCAAGAAGAAGGGCUGAAUUGACGGAAGAGACAGGAAAAGAAGUUAGUAGGGUUCAAAUGUGGGACAUCACUCACAAGAAAACAGAUGGAAGUUAUGUUAAUGAAAAGGCUAAAGAAAUAGCGGAGAAGAUUGAAGCAUAUAGCAGUCAACAAGCGGUGGAAUCAACCGUUAAUUCUCCUCUUGAUGCUCUUGGAGUAGUUCUUGGGAAAGAGCACCCUGGUCGUGUUCGAGGUUUAGGCAUGGGAGCUGUUCCAACUGUUGCUUUCAAGAACAACACCACAAGAAUUAGUCAGAUGAACUUAGGUUCUUCAAAUGAUGCUAGCACAUCAUCUACUUGUGGUUCCAAUGUGCAAAAAGAGCUGGAUACUGUUAAAGCGCAGUUGCAAGCAUUAGUCUCUUAUAUUGCUUUUAAGGAAGGAGGUAAAAUUCCAGUAGAAUUAGCUGGAAUGUUUCCUACUCAACAAAUUUCACAGGGAUUGGAUCAAGAGAGUGAGAUUCCAUCACCAAGAGAGUUAGGAAGUAGGUCUUCUGGAGCGAGCAACAAAGAAGCAUGA